GCAGAAUCUCGUAGCUCAGCGGAGGAGACGCGCGUGAUGAGUGCGCUGGUCAAGGCGAUGUCCAAGUUCCGUCUGGCGGUGGUGCAGCUGCGCGUCACGAAGGUGAAAGAAGACAACCUGCGCAGAGCUCGGGAGCUGGUGAAGGAAGCCGCAGGUCAGGGGGCAAAGGUCAUAGUGCUGCCCGAGUGCUUUAACUCACCUUACGGCACUAAGUUCUUCCCAGAAUACGCUGAGAAGAUCCCCGGGGAGUCUACAGAAAUUCUGUCGGAAGCAGCUAAGGAGAACGGAGUCUACCUGGUGGGAGGGUCCAUCCCAGAGGAUGACGGGGGCAGGCUGUAUAAUACCUGCCCCGUGUUCGGCCCAGAUGGUGCCCUUCUGCUCAAACACAGGAAGAUCCACCUCUUUGACAUUGACGUGCCAGGGAAAAUCCGCUUCCAGGAAUCGGAAACGCUCAGCCCUGGGAACAGCCUGUCUAUGUUCGAUACGCCCUUCUGUAAGGUGGGUGUUGGGAUCUGCUACGACAUGAGGUUCGCUGAACUGGCACAGAUCUACACUAAGAGAGGAUGUCAUCUGUUGGUCUAUCCAGGAGCUUUCAACAUGACCACAGGUCCUGCCCACUGGGAGCUGCUGCAGAGGGGAAGGGCCGUUGACAACCAGGUGUAUGUGGCAACCGCUUCACCAGCACGAGAUGAAACGGCAUCCUAUGUAGCCUGGGGUCACAGUAUGGUCGUCAGCCCCUGGGGAGAGGUGAUCUCGAAAGCUGGUGCAGAGGAGACUGUGGUGUACGCUGACAUUGACUUGCAGUACCUGGCAGAGGUGCGGCAGCAGAUUCCCAUCACCUCCCAGCGCCGUGGCGACAUGUACACAGUGGAUGCAUUGUAGGAGUGCUGAGAAGAUGGGCUCGGACCCCACUGCGGUUGAACUCUGGGUCACUGCAGAGGGCUGUGGACGACUGUGAUUGCUCCAAGCAAUGACAGUUGAGACCCAACCGGUAAUCUACAUUGAGUCACCAGAGAGAAGAGAGGAGUUUUCAAACCUGAAAUGAUGAACAGUUUUACUGGUCACUGCCUUAAUUCUCAGGAAUUUUCCAUCAUUUGGUGCAGAAAAGCAAUAUGAGCAGCUAACAGAAGCCCAAUAAAAUGCCUGUUUUCAGAUUCUCUUGAUGCCAAUGAAUUAAAAAUGCAUAGUGAUAUUAUAUACCUAUAUAGCAGAAAUGGGAAAACAGAAACACUUGGUAUUUUGUAAGACAAAUGACAACUUGUUAAAUGUGUAUUUACUUGAAGGGUUGUUAAUGGAGAAUCUGAUUAAACUUUGGGCUAUUUGAAAAAUCAGUAAUUAAUGCUCUUUAUUAAGCCAUCUGCAAAGCAACUGAAUAGUGUUUUUUUUUUUUUUUUUUUUUUUUAAAGUUCAGUGCUCUGUUCUGAUUCUGUGUUUGUCCUUGUGUGGCUGAAUAAGCCGAAAACUUGGACUUAAUGCAGCGCCCUACAUUACAGGUGCCCUAGGGACCGCACGGACUGCAUGAAUACAUGUUAAAAUAAAUUGGGAAAUUAUUAUAGUACUAUUACUAUCUGUGAUGUAAUUCUUUUGUCGAGGUAAUCACAUUUCAGAGC